AUGGCAAUCUCCGCCGUCUGCUCCCUCAAAUCCCUCCUCAUCCUCCUCCUAAUCUCCGCCGUCCCCGCCGCCUACCUCAUCUCCCUCGAGCUCUCCCCGCCCUCCACCCACGUCUUCCACUACCACAGCACCGGCGGCUUUCUCCGCGAGUGCGCCAAGUGGGACCCUCCCGCCGGCCGGUUCAUCGUCUCCUUCUUCGAAGGCGGCGUCGGCGAGGUCCGCGUCCCGGAAGACUACUCCCCCGGCGUCGUCCUCCGCGAGGUCCAGCUGGCCAAGGACGCCGACGUGGCCGGCAACGCGUCGCUCGGGCUGGUCGUCGACCGUCCUAGGAACCGGGUGGUGGUGGCCGUCGCCGAUGCUCUGCGGAACAAGUACAGCGCGCUGGCGGCGUAUGAUUUGUCCACGUGGAAGCGUCUGUUCCUGACUCAGCUGAGCGGCCCGGAGGACGGGAAAGCCUUUGCGGACGACGUGGCAGUGGACGCAGAAGGCAACGCAUACGUGACCGACGUCGCAGGCAACAAAAUCUGGAAGGUCGGUCCCGACGGCCAACUCCUCUCCACAAUCACCCACCCUCUCUUCACUCCAAAACAAUGGUACAAAACCCUCUUCGGCCUAAACGGCAUCGUUUACCACCCAGACGGCUACCUGCUCGUCAUCCACACCUUCACCGGCAACCUGUUCAAGAUCCGGCUUCCAGACGUCAGCGUCGUAUUGGUCCACGUCGAAGGGUCUCUGGCGUUCGGAGACGGGAUGGAGCUGCUGUCCCCGACUCAGCUCGUGGUGGCCGGUUCGAGCCCGUCGGCCAGGCUGGUGGAGAGCUCCGACGGUUGGGAGACGGCUAAAGUGGUGGGCAGCUUCAAGGGGCCUUCUCAUCGGCUGUCGACGGCGGCGACGGUGAAAGACGGGAAGGUGUAUUUGAGUCACAUGUUUGGGAUUGGGUACCCGGAGAAGAAGCAUGCGAUCGUUGAGGCAGUUUUCUCUGCUUAA